AUGUCUCCUCUGCAGGACCUCGGGGCUACUCUCGCUAUUGUUACUUUCGUGCUUGUCCUCGUCGCAUACAUCCAGCAUUUGGCGAGAAGGGGGGUCUAUCGACUUCCUCCAGGCCCAAAGGGUCUUCCGAUCUUGGGAAACAUCCAUCAACUUCCUGCGAAAUAUCAACAUGAAACCUUUACAAAGUGGGCCGCAGAAUACGGUGAUGUAUUCUACAUCCAAAUCUGCCACAAACCCGCCAUAGUGGUCAACACUUUGCAAGCGGCUCAUGACCUCAUGGAGAAAAGAAGCUCGCUGUAUUCUGAUCGGCCGAAAAGCGUUGUAAUGGGCUUUGAGUUUGAAACAUCGAUCCUGCCUUAUGGCAAACAGUGGCGCUUGCAUCGCAAGUGGUUCCAGACUGCAUUCCAGACAAAAACCGCACAGUUGAGGCAUCGGCCCCUUCAGCUCAGGGCAGUCCGCCAGUUGCUAUCGGCGCUGCUAGACUCACCCGCCGAUUUUCGGAAUAAUAUCCAAAGAUUCGCGGGUGCCAUGAUGCUAGAAAUUGCUUAUGGACACACUGCAACUUCCGCUGACGACGACUUCAUCGGUUGGGUAGGCGAUACUAUUGCUCGCGUAUUGGAGUCUGGGGGUGGAGGCGCUACUGUCAUUGACUUAUUUCCCAUCUGUGAGCGUGAUUAUGACUUGUACACGGGAGGCGCGCCCUCAAAAAUUGUAUCCUUUCACGAAGUGAAGCACGUACCCGACUGGAUGCCUGGCGCUGGUUCCAAAAGGAGGGCAGCAGCCAUGCGGCCAGCUGUGAGAGAAUUCCAUGAUCUUCCGUAUAACAGGGUCAAGGCUGCUUUGGAUGCGGGGUGCGCGAAGACGUCGUUUCUCUCGUCUCUUAUCGAGAGAGCCUCGGCAAACAGUGCUCUCACUGAAGAAGAUGAGUUCAACUUGAAGGGAGCUGCAGGAAUGGUGUAUAUAGGUGAACAUCCUACGUUUACUCAACAAAUUCUUCAAAAAGUAACGAACUUCACGGUGACUGUUCUCCUGACUUUCAUCAUAGCUAUGGUCUUGCAUCCAGAAGUGUAUAAAAAAGCGCAGGCUGAGAUCGACCGAGUAGUGGGUCAUUCUCGACUUCCCAACCACGAAGACCUCCCGUCAACACCCUAUUUGAGCUGUGUAUUAAAAGAGGUGUAUCGGUGGAGAUGUCCUUUGCCUCUUGCGGUACCUCAUCAGGUUAUAAAGGACGAUGAAUACCUCGGUUAUCAUAUUCCUGCAGGUUCCAUGAUUAUCCCAAAUGUCUGGGCAAUGACGAGGAACCCUGAUUUAUAUCCUGAUCCAGACAACUUUAUGCCAGAACGAUUCGAAAACCUGGAUGCUGAAACUGCAUCUCGAUUGGACCCAACCAAGCUUGUCUUCGGCUUUGGUCGACGAAUCUGCUCCGGACGCUCCUUCGCAAACUCGAAUAUGCUGCUACUCAUUGCCAAUAUUUUGGCCACGAUGAAUAUUCGUAAGGCCCGCGACGAAGCGGGCAAAGAAAUCACACCUGACUCAGUCUUCAUGGAUGGUGGUGUCUGCCAUCCUAAGCCAUUCAAGUGCGAUAUCCAGCCGCGAUCGCAGAGGGCAGUGGAGAUGAUUGCGCUCGCCAAUGUUGAGAGCUCCUAUUAA